AUGGACAUAAUAGACACACCCCAGCCUCCGCCUGUCUUAGGAUCGCAGCCCAAUCAGAAUCAAUUGCAGAAUGCAGGGUUUCUGGUGCGGCUGGUGGAUGGGGACCACGCCAACGAAGGCCACGUAGAACUUCUUCUGAAUGGAGAGUGGGGCAGAAUUUGUGCUGAAGGCUGGACAGAGAGAGCUGCAGCUGUGGUUUGCAGGCAGCUGGGCUACAGUGGUACUGCAGUCACCAUCUAUAGGCCUUAUUCGGAUGCAUGGCAUGUGCCCAUCCACCUGGACAAUGUGAAAUGCUUUGGCACUGAGCAUACCUUGGCAGAGUGCAUCAUCCAUCAAAGUGCUCAACACAACUGCAGGCAGAAGAAAAGUGUACGUGUGAUGUGUGACUACAUGAGAAAGGAGAGCCAAUUUAUAAGGAAUGAUGGUUCCAAUAUUGGCCUGUGUGGUCUUCGUUUGACUCAGCACCGCAACCGAAGGAUAAUUGGUGGAAACAAAUCCUCCAGGGGAAGUUGGCCAUGGCAGGUGUCCUUGCGUCUGAAGGGGAUUCACAAAGAUGCUCGUUUGCUGUGCGGCGCGACUCUUAUCAGCAGUUGUUGGGUAAUGACAGCAGCACAUUGCUUCAAAAGAUUUGGGGUAGACGUUCGGCGCUACCUUCUGCGGGUGGGAGACCACCAUACCGGUGUGAGAGAUGAGUCGGAGAGAGAGUUGCCGGUAGAGAAGAUCCUCCUUCAUAGAAAUUAUCGGCCGAGCAAUAAUGAUAAUGACAUUGCUCUGGUCAGGAUGUGGGGCAAAGAGGGGAAAUGUCUUUCCUUCAACCACCAUGUCUUCCCAGUUUGCCUCCCUGCUGGGAAGCAGAAAGCUGAAGUGGACCGAAAGUCUUGCGUCAUAUCAGGCUGGGGGGAUACAGGAAAAUCAUACUCAAGGAUGUUACUCCAGGGAACCGUGCCUCUUCUCCCAAGAAAAGUAUGCACAUCUCGUUAUGGAAAGAAAUUUACUAAUCGGAUGCUCUGUGCUGGAAACCUUUCUGAAGACAAUCGGGUAGACAGCUGUCAAGGGGACAGUGGAGGACCAUUGGUGUGUCAAAGACCAAAUACACAAUGGGUAAUUCUAGGGAUUACUUCCUGGGGAUAUGGCUGUGGGCAAAAGGAUUCCCCUGGUGUUUAUACAAAGGUCAGCAAAUUUGUGCCUUGGAUCAAGAAAGAGACCAAAAUAAUAUGAGAACAGUCAACCCAAAGAUUGAUUUAUGGUGCUUUAUGAAGUAGGACUUAAAAUGCAAGGAGCCAUAGCUUUAAUCUUUAAUUAUGCCAGUACUUGAUAUUUUUUCCAAUAUUAGCCAUAAAUUCUUUAAGACAUAUGGACAAAAAUGCCAUAGAAAUGACUGUAAACUCUGCUAUGAUUCCAUUUCUGAAUAUAUAAUAUUGCUAGAAGUAAAUUUUCUUAAAAUCUGUACAAAGUUUACAAGACAGAUUUGUUUUCAUAUCACCUAUGACUGCAUUAUGUUGUUUGCUCCUACUAUUCAGUCUAAUCUUAGGGCGGGUCCAUCCUAAAUUACUUUCUCUGACUGCUAAGCCCCUGAGCGCUGCUGCCUAUCAUGUCUGAAUGUUUACAGAUACAGAUUAACAGAGUUGGAAGGGACCUAUGCAGGUCAUGUAGUCCAACCUCCAUCCAAGUAAACCCUACAGCAUUUUUGACAGAUGGCAAUCCAGUGUCUUCUUGCAAGCUUCCAGUGAUGUAGCUCCCACAACUUCUGAAAGCAGCUUCUGUUCCAUGGAUUG